AUGCUCUGUCCUCCAACCAUGCGACCGGCCAGCCCCGCCGAAUCGGAGAUCUCCGUCGGAGGAGCCCCCAGCCCGCUGCCCACGCAGCUGCAGCUGCAGCAUCAGCAACAGCACCAUCCUCAUCCGCACGCCCACCAGCUGCACCAUCCGCGUGCCAGCACCAUCGACUUGCUCCAGCAGCAGCAGUUCCUGAUGCAGCAUCAUGCCGCCGCCGCAGCAGCAGCCGCCGCCGGACUCACACGCGGGGCCGUCGGCAGUCUGCCGGAGGACUACUUUCAGCCGCUGAAGCGUUUGCGCAUGUCCUCCUCCUCGUCGGAGACGCGCGAGCACACGCCCAGUCCGCCAGCCCUGGCUCCGGCCCCCGCUGCCGCCGAGUCCCAGCAGCAGACCACCACCAAGGCGUCCAUUGAGGGCGUCAAGAGCUUUUCCAUUGCCGACAUUUUGGGGCACUCGCAAAAGCAGCGCUCGGACUCGGUGUCGCCACCGCCGGCUGCCACACUGCUGGCCCCACCCGCCAACCGGCCGUCCUCUGGUCUCCUGCAGCCCCGCACCGAGCCCUUGGACGCACAUCACGCCGCGGCAGCCAUGCUCCUGCCCGGUGGACAGAUUGUACGCCCCUGGGAUCACCUGCUCGGCCCCAUGCCCGUACGCCCCUUCAUUCCCUCCGCCCUGCUGCACUACGAGCAGCGGCUGGCCCUGGACUACCACCGACAGCUGCAGGAGCACUUCAACGCCCAGGCCCAGCUGCUGCGCCACAUGGGCAUGGACAUCAUUCCCUCGGAGAGCGGCUCGGACCGUUCCAGUUCCGCGGCCAGCGAUUGCUGCUCUCCGGAAAUUUCCCGGGACUCGGCUGCUGCUGCUGCCGCCGCUGCUGCCCGCCACAGCCACAGCCCGCAGUCCUCAGCCCAGGCCAAGGCCAAUGGAACGCCCCUGGACGCCCUGUUCCAGAUGACCACCAAGGAUUUCGACGAGUCUCAAGACAAAUCCCAUUUGGACAUCUUCUCGAACAGGCCGCAGCCAAAGAAGAAACGCAAGUCCCGCACUGCCUUCACCAACCAUCAGAUCUUUGAGCUGGAAAAGCGUUUCCUCUACCAGAAGUAUCUGUCGCCAGCCGAUCGGGAUGAGAUCGCCGCCUCGCUGGGCCUUUCCAAUGCCCAGGUGAUCACCUGGUUCCAGAAUCGGCGAGCCAAGCAGAAGCGCGACAUCGAGGAGCUGAAGAAGGACUUUGACAGUGUGAAGGUCUUCUCCGCACACAAGUCCUUCCUGGAGAACGUCAACGAUCUGAGCAUCCUCAAGAAGAAGCCCAUGCACGAGGCGGAUAUGGUGGGAUUGGCUGUCGCUGCCGCCGCGGCGGGCAUGGUGACGGUUCAACUGCCCGGAUCGGCUGCCUCGACUCUGGGCGGUGCACCACCCAAAUGA